GACAGCAUUUCUGAAUGAAACCAAAUCCAUGAAUGAGACAAUACUGGUGCCCACGGGCGAAGAGGUGGAGGGCAUGAACAUCCUCGGCCUGGUGGUCUUCGCCAUCGUCUUCGGAGUCGCCCUGCGGAAACUUGGGCCCGAAGGGGAGAACCUGAUCAAGUUCUUCAACUCCUUCAACGAAGCCACCAUGAUUCUGGUUUCUUGGAUUAUGUGGUACGCCCCCGUGGGUAUCAUGUUUCUGGUGGCCGGCAAGAUCGUGGAGAUGGAAGACGUGGUCCUGCUCUUCACCAGCCUGGGCAAAUACAUCUGCUGCUGCCUGGUGGGCCACGCCAUCCACGGGCUGCUGGUUCUCCCAGGGAUCUACUUCGUCUUCACCCGCCGGAACCCCUACCGCUUCCUGUGGGGGAUCUUCACCCCCUUGGCCACCGCCUUUGGGACCUCCUCCAGCUCCGCCACGUUGCCCCUGAUGAUGAAGUGCGUGGAGGAGAACAACGGAGUCUCCAAGCACAUCAGCCGCUUCAUCCUCCCCAUCGGGGCCACGGUCAACAUGGACGGGGCGGCCCUCUUCCAAUGCGUGGCGGCCGUCUUCAUCGCCCAGCUCAACAACGUCUCGCUCAACUUCGUCCAAGUCAUCACGAUCCUCAUCACAGCCACAGCGUCCAGCGUUGGAGCAGCUGGAAUUCCUGCCGGAGGGGUCCUCACCCUGGCCAUCAUCCUGGAGGCCAUCAGCUUGCCCACCAACAACAUCUCGCUCAUCCUGGCGGUGGAUUGGCUGGUAGACCGGACGUGUACUGUCCUGAACGUGGAGGGCGAUGCCUUUGGCGCGGGGCUCCUACAGGUGUACUCGGAGAAGAAAAUGGGCCAGAUGGAGGACGACGACCUGGUGGAAGUUAAGACGGUGGCCGUGGAGGCCAGCAAGCCCGAGUGGGUAGAGGAGGGCUCCCCGCUGAUUAAGCAGAACGGCCCAACCCAUUUGGGGGAUAGCAAACCUUGCGAAAAAGAAUCCGUGAUGUGACUGAACUACUCCAAAGCCGAACUUUAGAACUUUUCUCCAAAAAA